CCUGGGAAAUGGAUAAGAAAAGUUAGGGAGACCCGGAUGAGGGGUCUAAAAACAAAUCUCAUCUAGAAACGGAAAAGCAAACCAUCUGACCAUGAGGGGCCGUGUGGUGCUCUCAUGUGGAAAACAGGACAAGCGUCGGGAAACAAGAUGGCGCGAUGGUUGUCGCCUCCUGUCUACUCUAGUGGUCCGGAAAUGCCUAUAGAGGUAAGGGAUGGGGUAUCUGUUGUUGUCCCGGAAGAAGGGACGUGGACCGACCUAGAACCGGCGUAUGAAACAGUGAUGUUGGACGAGAAGGACGUGUUCCUCUGGAUAGAGACAAUCUGGACUAAGGUCAUCCUGACGAGACUUUCACCUAGCCUGAUGGACUUAGAAUUCCGGGGAACAGUGGAAGCUCGAGGAUGGGUCUACCUAUCACAGGAAUUGGAGAAUGCAAUGGUAGUGGGACUAGUAUUGGGCACGGCACCGGACCAGCUGUUUAGGCAAGCGGAACGGGAAGUGGUAUGGGCAGCAUGUCAGCGGGCAGAAAUGGAGAUGGAAAGGAUGGAGGUGCGAGUGGAACUCGGGGACCGGAAAAAUAUGAGACGUCCUCUUAGGACAAUGAGGCUAGGUAAAGAAAUGACGACUGAGGAAGGGAUCGAUGACCAGCAGAGCGGAGGGAAUCAGGGCACGAAUGGGGAUGGGGAACGAAACGAGGGAUCAACCAGGGAUCGAGAGUCAGCCAAACUGGAAGGAACCCGAGAAGACGGAAAGGACGCCUCAAUUGGAGAAAGCUCGGGGAAAGCUGGGGGUAGCAAAAGGGGACCUCAGGAAAACAGGGAAGGGGGAAACGAUAUGAGAACAAGCCCUCGGAACUCAGCAGGAGCCACCCCUAAAAAGACAAAAGUCUCGGAUGCCAGCCGUAAAUUGGCAGAGAUAGAAAAGCAGACUGCAGAAUUUAAGGCAAGGCUUAUCGAGCAGAUGAUGGCCGAGGAUGAGGAGGAUCCCCAGGGCGCAGGGUCACGUGAGGGACGCAGGACCGGUCAGGACGAGUCCAGGUAUGAGGAGAAGGAUAAUAGUCACAAAGGAACACCUAGCAAGAAGGGGAAGGACAAGAACGCCCCCCCGGCGGAGGGGACAAAAAAUGCUAUGACCCCGCCUGCUAUCGACAGUGACACUCGUCGACUGCCAGCCACGCCGAAAGUAACAAGGGCGUGCGACGGACUCUGGAGCCAUAGGGAAAGGGUGCUAGGAUGGUUUGACCCAGAAGGAACGCCGAAAACCAGGGAGAAGCAGAGGGAAAGCAAGGAAGGGGAAAAGACUAGUGCUGCUGAAGUAGCAGGUAGCUCCGAAGGUGGUCUCAAGAGGAUAGUCGUCACCCUCACCGAGGCACUAAACAAGAACCAGGGGUAUCUCGCAGAUGCAAAGAAGAAACUCACGUUUGAUAGAGCAAACAUUACUGAGUUUCUAAUAGACUAUGAGAACCUAGCAGCCUUACUGAAAUGGAUAGAAGAGGAAAAGAUGGAUCACCUAGAUACCAUGAAAAUAGGAGUGGAAGGGUUCCUAACACCGGAAGAAACUCAGUUGAUAAGAAAGGCAUGUCAGGAGUUUCAUUUAGCUUUCGCCUUCAACGAUCAUCAGAAAGGGCGAUUGGACGCAAAGUUAGUUCCCCCUGUCAGGAUCCACACCGUACAACACGAGUGUUGCAAUGAUAAAGGGUCCGCCUAUGAGUUUGGGAUAGCAGCGGAGAUCACCGACCUGCGUAGAGUCAAGAUAGAUUCUUUCGUGGCUGAACCCACCGCAUCCCCCUACGCGAACAAGUGGUUCGUGUUCAGGAAGCCCAAUAAGACACUCAGGUGGAUCCAGGACCUGCAGAAGCUCAAUACGGUAACAAUUAGGGAUACGGGCUCGCUUCCACAGGCCGACCUGUUGGCAGAAUCUCAUGCGGGGCGGAACAUCUACUCCCUGAUAGACCUGUACUCAGGAUACGACCAGUUGCCACUUGAUGCAAGGGAUAGGCCGUAUACCGCAAUGCACACCCCCGUAGGACAACUGCAGAUGCUGGUGACCCCUAUGGGUUUUACAAAUGCGGUAGCAGAGGCGCAGAGGAGGAUGUUCGCCGUCGCAGGGGAUAUGUUUCCGGAAAAGUGUGAACCGUACAUAGAUGAUAAUCCCGUGAAAGGCGCAAGGUACAAGGACGAGACGGAGGUCGAGCCGGGUGUACGGAAGUUUGUUUGGGACCACCUGCAAGAUAUUAAGGACUUACUCCAGCGGUUUCUUGUUUACAAUAUUACUGCAAGCAAACGGAACAAGAGUUCUUCCUCAUACAGAUGUAUGAGGGCGUCUUUAGAGAAAUCGGUAUGCUGCUUGUAGGAAACAAACAGCCUACGAAAGU